AUGACACGCUGCGCUGCCAGCCUGCAGCAGCACCGAAAGCUGGCGAUAGCGAGCAGAGAUCUCGACAUCCCCGUCAAGUUCUAUCCUGCUCCCAAAGCGCCCACCAAGUCUAUCUUCGAUGGCGCAGAUCCGAAGAAGCUGCCCUUUGAACAAGACCUUUUCGAGCCCAUUGACGAUCUGUUCAUCAACGCGCUCAGGUCGUCGCCACCUGAAGCAACGCACCUCUCUGUCCUCUGCCAGGAGAUGUACGCUCGAUCGAACGUCCAGUUGGACGACGAGCUGCCCAAUGAUUCUGCGCCGGCUGCUAGCAAACGCGUUCGAUGCUUCGGCUCCAAAGAACUCCCUUCUUGGUCUCGCGUGGCACUUCACGCGUCUGCUGUCCUGAGCGGCCAGCAAGUCAAAACCCUCGAAACGGAGGAUACGGGUGUCGUCAUGAUUGCCUGGGUCGAACUCCACCCGAAACCUCACGUCAUUGUCUGCUCUGGCUUCGUCAUCCAAGGCAAAGAACGCAGAUAUAUCGUCACUUGCGCCCACCCACUCCAAGAGACCAUCGUCGGCGAUGUGGCUCGAAGAGGACCCCGAGCGCAUCAGCAAGCUAGCGGACCGGCCGCUGGCUUCGUACUGACUGCUCACGGCGAUCUCUUGCCCAUCGGCGAAAUCACAGGCGCGGUACUCGAUGCGGAUAUCAUGCUCAUCCGACCCGGCGGAUCACAAGCGCUCGCCAGAUUGGACAGCCUACCCUCUCUACCCGUUUCGCCUUUCCCGCCUCCUGUACUGGCAGAGCAACGCGCCCAUUCACUCGUCACAACGCAGAACCAACCUCACUGGCUAGACUGUCGCGUGACAUCGUACCGCAGUCCGGAGAACUUGGAAGUCCAGCCGGGAACAUACGACACGCUAGCUACGAUGGCCAUUGAUGCCGUACCUAGCUCGGGCUCAUCUGGCGGUCCCCUCGUCGAUGUGAGCAUGGGUGCAGUAACGGGCGUCAUCAGGGGCAACUUCCUCGCCCACAAUGAACGCACUCGCCGCGGCUUCUGCGCGCCCAUCGAAGCUCUCGGUCAUCAUGAGCAGUCUAUACUUCGAGAGUCUGGCAAGAAACCUGGCGACGCCCAGAACGGGGCAUGCGGAGAAGCCGAAGCCGAUCGUGACGACAGCUGCACCGAGCCGGAUUGCAAGUCGCUGACAGAUAAGAUGAACGAUAUUGUAGGGCGAGCAACGCAGAUAGCGUACUCGAGCAUCGAUGCCGGUCUCAUACCGGACUUCAUACUUCGGCCGGCAGUGCGCACGCUGUCUCGUCAACGGAUCAAAGAAAUCGAACGAGGAACGAUCCAGGCCAAUCAUGAGGCCAAGAUGGCAUUCGUAGAGAGUCUGCGCUCGAGACCGAUAGCGAUCGAGCAAUCGAAAGCCAAUGAGCAGCAUUACGAGGUCUCGACGGAAUUCAUCCGAUCUUGUCUGGGUCCCAACAUGAAGUACUCUUGCUGCUACUACGAGACGGGCAAAGAAACGUUGGAAGAAGCAGAGGUGGCCAUGCUUGAGCAGUACUGCCUCAAAGCCAAGCUUGAGGAUGGCAUGGAUAUCCUCGAUCUGGGUUGCGGCUGGGGCAGUCUCUGCCUCUAUCUCGCCAAGAGAUACCCAAAUGCACGCGUAUCCGCACUCUCAAAUUCGUCAACGCAAAAGCUACAUAUCGAUGCCAUGGCCAAAGAGCGCGGUCUCACCAAUCUCGAGGUUCACACUGGCGACGUCAAGGUGUUUGAUUUUGGCGGCAUGAAGUCCUUUGACCGUGUGCUGUCGAUCGAGAUGCUGGAACACAUGAAGAACUACGAAUUCCUGUUCGAAAAGGUCUCUCGCUGGCUCAAGCCAAACGGAGAGGCAAACGGCUCAGACGGCUCACUCUUUUUCGCCCACAUCUUUUGCCACAAGAGCCAGCCUUACGAUUUCGAAGAGGGCGAUGGCUGGAUGGCCCAGACAUUCUUCUCCGGAGGCACCAUGCCCUCGCUCGAUCUGUUCGCCUACUUCCAGAAAGACCUGACACUCCAACGAUCCUGGUGGAUUAACGGCACGCAUUAUGCAAAGACGCUCGAAGCAUGGCUCGUCAAGCAGGACAGCGGACGCGCACGCUGGCUGGGCGGUCAAGGAAGGAUGCUCGAUGGCAAAGCGAGCGAGAAGCGCGAGAAGGAGGCAGCAGUCACUUUUUACCGAUUCAGGCUGUUCUUCCUCGCCUGUGCAGAGUUCUUCGGUCUCAAUCAAGGUGAAGAAUGGGGCGUAGGACACUAUGUCUGGCGCAAGGUCGACAAGUGA